UCUUCCCUCCCUCCCCACUCUUGGACCCCCACUUCUCUCUCUCCUCCGUUUUUAAAGGCGUAUUUUAUGCUGCCAGAGAGAGCGGCGCGACAGUGAGAGAGUGAGAGACGAUCCUAUCUGCCUCAAAGCCWUUCGCAAGGAUUCGCGAGGAAGCGCUAGCCGGGACUAAGCUGGACUGGACCGUGGCAUUCCUUGGAGGAGGGGGGGGGAGAGCCGUGGAUAUGGAGGACGGUGGGACACGGCACCUCGGCCGUGAGUGCAGGGUGGACAUGAUGGAAGAGGAGGGGGAGCCGCUGACCGGAGGAGAUGGACUGACCGGAGCUGGUGUUAUCCUGAUUCCCAAGCUGCCCCAUGUGGAGUUCAGCCUGGAGUGCAGGGAUCUGAUUGGCUCUGGCAGAGACAGGAAGCCCAAUGCUCUAGUCCAGGUUGCUGUCAUCGACCCCCGGGAACAAUACCUGGUCUCCCACGCCUGCACAGAGAUAGUAGAGGGUAGCAGAGACCCGUUGUUCCUGACAGGGGUGACCUUCCCUCCGGAGUACCCUGCCAGCCCAGAGACGCUAGUCAAGCUCACCGUCUACGAUGUGAGAGACAAGGCCCGCGACAAUGUAAGUAAACCGCUAAGUGUGUGA